UGAGGAUGGAAAACCAGCUAAACAUGUAAACAAGCUAAACAUGUAAAAACGACAGCGAAAAACGGUUUCCAAAAUUCGGUAUUCGUCUGCUGGAAAUUGUGUCCUACGUAAACGUAGCAAUCGUCAAGAAAAUGAUGAAAGUAAUGUUUCCAGCUAGAGCAGGUGAGGAAGUUCUGUGAUUGAACUACUUUGAUAGCAAUGGCAUCUGAGUGCGGCGGUACGAGUGAGGCGGAGAAAGAAGUAUUUGAAAAAAUUGCAAAUAAUGACGCAGACGGCUUAAAAAGCCUUCUAUUACAAUACAAAAUGAAACCUGACGUAUUUGAUGAAAAUGGUAUGACGCCACUUCAACAUGCUGCAUACAAAGGAAACAAGGAAAUGGUGCAAAUGUUAUUGGAUCAGGGGGCCGACGUAAAUUCUGGAAAACAUGAGCAUGGCUACACUGCGUUACACUUUGCGGCGUUGUCAGGGAACGCAGAGUUAUGUCGCUUAUUGCUCAUGGCAGGGGCCAAGAGUCAUGCAACCAAUACAGUUGGAAGAACAGCUUCGCAAAUGGCAGCAUUUGUUGGAAACCAUGCAUGUGUGGCAGUCAUUAAUAAUUUUGUACCUAAAGCUGAUGUUGACUAUUAUACAGUUCCUCAAGGUUUAGAGACUGAGCCUAAACUGACACCUGUGCUUGCUGCACCAUUGCAUAAAUUUGUAAUGCAGGUAAAUGUUCAUCCAGUCAGGGUUGCUCUGAAUCUGCAGAAGGCACCUUUAUUAGCUGAGAAUCUGGAGAAAGUUCAGAAAAUCUUGGAACUCAUGAGUGAAAGAGAAAUGAAGAGAGGAUUUGAAGCAAAUGAGGUUAUGUCAUUCAAAUUCCAUUACUUGUCAUGUGUAGUUGCUGAGAUUGGCCGAUGUAGAAAAAGGCAAUUAGCAGCACAACAGGAGAGAAAGAAAGAUGAAACUAAAGAUAGUGAGAAUACAGAAGAAAAGCGGUCAGAUCCUGUGGAACUCUUUGCUCGGAAAAUGCUGAAAUGUGGGCGUGGCGACAAUGGGUCUCCAGAGUUUCAGGAAAGUUUUCUGAGAGAAUGUGUUCGUGAAUUCCCAUAUCGUGAAUGUACAGUUUUCCGCCAGAUGGUUACAAGUUUAGCUCAACAGGACUCCCCUUCUGCUCUGAGCAUUAUUUCUGCUGCCAUCAAUGGGCAGAGGGGCUUUUUAGACAGUGGCACCCAUUGCUGCUCAACAUGUGGUGAAGAAGGAGCGACAAAGAAGUGCUCUAAAUGUAAAGCAGUUCAGUAUUGUGACAGAGAAUGUCAACGUCUCCAUUGGUUUAUGCAUAAGAAAGCAUGUACAAGGUUAUCUCAAGUUUCCAUAAAGGCUAAACCAUCAGCUAGUCCUCCAACUUCAGAAUUGAGGGGUCUUCAAGUGAAGUAAUGGAAGUUGAAUAGCUUACUGUAAUGGUUUACAAAAUCUCUUUUUUUUCUAAUUAUGGGAACCAUUUCAUUUUUUCUGUAUUUCCAUGUAUGUAACAUGUGAUUAACUGUCAUUGUACAUUGGAUAAUGUGACCAUUGCAAGUAAAGUAUGUCCCUUUCCUUUCCUUCUCUUAAGAGAGAAAAAGAAAAGAAAUUUAUGUUCACAGUGCAGUUCAGUAACUAAUGUGUGAUAAAUUCCAUAGACAACAUGGUCAAAACUGUUGCUAUGUAUCUAUAACUAUUUGUCCUUAUCUUUCUUGUCUGUUGAUUAACACACACAUAAUGAAUUAUGUGGUAUGUGAUGUUACCUAAUGGUUACCUUGGAAUAAUUAUAAAAAGCUUCUAAAGCUUUUAAAUUAAUUAGAGACUUGUCUUGAUAAGUUGGAGCAAUGCAGAAAAUUAUGUGAAAUGUUUCAGCAAUAAAGAAUUAAAAAUAAACUCAAUCUCACACAUGAUAAGCAAGAAGGUAAUUGGAUGUACCACUCUAAAAAUAAAGUAGAUUCCUGAUCAAAAUGAGCAUUAUUAUAAAUCACA